AUGGCUGUCACACCGGAGCUUGAAGAUACUCUCAAUGAAUACGUGGACAUCGACCCAGCGGCAGCCAUCGCGACAGACGAUGAGCACUCAUUGUCCAUCAAAGAGGCUUUCAAGCGCUACCCGUCAUCAGUGUUUUGGGCCAUUGCCAUGUCUCUGACCAUUGUGAUGGAAGGCUACGACACAAUUCUCAUUGGCAGCUUAUUUGCGUACCCCUCAUUUGUCGAUAAAUACGGCGUCUAUGAGUCGAAUCUAGGGCAGAAAAGCAUCACUGGAGCUUGGCAGGCAGGACUCGUCAACGCUUCUUCUUGUGGUGCUAUCAUAGGCCUCGUCAUCAACGGCUACGUGACGGAAAAAUUCGGUCAUCGUAUUGUUACAAUGAUUGCUCUUGUUGUAAUGUCGGCCUUCAUCUUUAUCACUUUCUUUGCUCCGUCCAUCCAGGUUCUCACAGCUGGUCAAGUCUUGGUCGGCAUCCCGUGGGGUAUAUUUGCGAUAAUGGGAUCUGCAUAUUCCUCAGAAGUGUGUCCUUUGGCUCUGAGAGGCUAUCUGACUUCUUUUGUCAAUAUUUGCUGGGUUAUUGGCCAGUUUGUGGCUGCUGGAGUCCUUCAAGGUCUAGUUAACAAUAACACGGUGUGGUCAUUCAGGAUUCCGUUCGCCAUUCAAUGGGCGUGGCCGAUUCCUCUAUUCAUUCUUGCUCUUCUAGCUCCAGACUCGCCGUGGUGGCUUGUCCGCAAAGGUCGGCUGGCUGAUGCAGAAAAGUCCAUCCGCAAGCUGUCAUCUGGAUUGACAGAUACGCAAGUCAAGCAGAAACUUGCCAUGAUGGCUGAGUCGAGCUAUCGCGACUGUUUCAAGGGCACCAACCUUCGUCGAACUGAAAUCGCCUGCAUGAUACUCUCAGCACAGACACUUCCUGGAGAGGCAAUGUGUUACAGCGCAUCUUAUUUCUUCACUCAGGCAGGGCUACCCUCUGCUGAUGCGUACAAACUAAACCUCGGAAGCAUUGCGCUUGCAUUCAUCGCUACCUGCUUGUCAUGGGUCCUCAUGACUUUCUUUGGGCGUCGAACACUUUUAAUCACUGGCCUGGGCCUCCUAACGCUGGACUUACUUGUCAUCGGCUGCCUAUCGUACGCGGCGGGAUCAUCAGCUCAAUGGGCUCAAUCAGCCCUUGCUAUGCUUUGGCUGGGAAUUUAUUCGGCCACUCUUGGCCCUCAGUCAUUUGCCUUGGCUGCUGAAAUCUCUGCUACGCGUUUGCGAUCGCAAACAAUUUCUCUGGCUCGAAACGCUUACAACGUUGUAAACAUUGUUGACAAUACUGUGGAGUCUUAUCUCAUUAAUCCCACGGAAGCCAAUUUAAAAGGAAAGACGGCAUUCUUCUGGUUCGGCCUUGGGGUCCUUACAACAACGUGGGCAGUAUUCAGGCUCCCGGAGACCAAAAAUCGGACAUACGAAGAACUAGACGUAUUAUUCGAAAGACAUGUUCCAGCAUGGAAAUUUUCGUCUGCUCAAAUCGACGUUGUGGCAGAAACUGAGAUUAUACAGGCAGGCGAAAAGGGCGAUAAAGCACAACAGAUCGAGUUUGCAGAAGCAGUUUAA